UAUCAAGAUCGACACCUUAUCCGAAGCAGUUUGCGUUGCUAGUCUCAUCCAAUUUUCCCCACUCAUCUUCUUCGUUGCAUAACUGGAGAAGGGGUUCUUACCUUCGAAGUCAUGGGGCACCCAGUAGCAAGUAUAUAACAGUAGUAGUAAUUUUUGGGAAGUGGAAUGGCGCUCCCAUCUCUGUCGCCCACCAAUAACUUUUCCUCCCCAUCAUCCUAUUCUGUUUCACCUUUCAGUUCCAAAUUUCCCACUUUUCAUCGUCAGCUCAAUAGUUAUUGCACUCGAAAUCUUCUACUAUUAAGGGAAUGCACCAGUAGCAGUAGCUUCCUUUUCCGGGGUGGAAAAAAUAACUCGGUACACGGAUAUUGUCAUUUUUACGUUCCAAGAGAGCGGAAGACGAUGACAGUGGCGGCGGCGUCAUUAGGAGGUCUACUGGGCGGAAUCUUCAAGGGUGGGGCUGACACCGGGGAGUCCACCAGGCAGCAAUACUCUGCCACCGUCGCUCUCAUCAACUCUCUUGAAUCCGAGCUGAUGUCUCUCUCGGACUCUCAGCUGAGGGAUAGGACCACUCUCUUGAGGCAACGAGCUCGCCAAGCUCCCCAAUCUUUAGACUCUAUUUUACCUGAGGCGUUUGCUAUAGUGAGAGAGGCUUCGAGGAGGGUUCUAGGUCUUCGUCCUUUUGAUGUUCAACUGAUAGGUGGCAUGGUACUUCAUAAAGGAGAAAUAGCUGAAAUGAGGACAGGAGAGGGAAAGACUCUGGUGGCCAUAUUACCAGCUUAUUUAAAUGCUUUAAGUGGUAAAGGAGUUCAUGUUGUUACUGUGAACGAUUACCUUGCAAGGAGGGACUGUGAAUGGGUCGGUCAAGUUGCCCGUUUUCUUGGACUCACGGUUGGCCUAAUCCAGCAAAACAUGACAAAGACAAUCUUGCCAUGGAAAAGUGUUGAUGAGCUUGUAUUAAGAGGUUUCAAUUACUGUGUCAUCGAUGAGGUCGAUUCAAUUCUAAUUGAUGAAGCAAGAACUCCUCUUAUUAUAUCAGGACCUGCUGAAAAACCAAGCGAACAAUACUACAAAGCUGCUAAAAUAGCUGCUGCUUUUGAGCGAGAUAUACAUUAUACGGUUGAUGAGAAGCAGAAAAAUGUUUUACUCACAGAACAGGGUUAUGCAGAUGCUGAGGAAAUUCUAGAAAGAUGUCAACUAUAUUAUACGUGCCAAAGAGGUUCUCAUAGUGGACGAGUUAGUGGUCGAGUCAUGCAGGGGAGGCGUUGGAGUGAUGGGCUUCACCAGGCGGUGGAAGCCAAAGAAAGCUUGCCCAUACAAAAUGAGACGGUGACACUGGCCUCAAUUAGCUACCAAAACUUCUUUCUUCAGUUCCCAAAACUUUGUGGCAUGACUGGCACCGCUGCAACUGAGAGUUCAGAGUUUGAAAGUAUUUACAAGCUCAAAGUUACAAUUGUGCCCACAAACAAGCCUAUGAUAAGAAAGGAUGACUCAGACGUGGUAUUUAGGGCAACCACGGGAAAAUGGCAGGCGGUGGUGGUAGAAAUUUCUAGAAUGAACAAGACAGGGCGGCCUGUGCUUGUUGGGACAACCAGUGUUGAACAGAGUGACACAUUGUCCAAACCACUCCGUGAAGCUGGAAUCCCUCAUGAGGUUCUAAAUGCCAAACCAGAAAAUGUGGAAAGAGAAGCUGAGAUUGUGGCACAAAGUGGUCGCCUUGGUGCAGUUACUAUUGCUACAAAUAUGGCGGGCCGAGGAACCGAUAUAAUUCUUGGUGGUAAUGCAGAGUUUAUGGCUAGGUUGAAGCUACGUGAGUUGCUCAUGCCAAGCAUUGUAAAGCCAGCUGAGGGAGUUUUUGUUUCUGUGAAGAAAUCUCCCCCAAAGAAGACAUGGAAGGUGAGUGAAAGUUUGUUCCCGUGUUCACUAUCUCAAGAAAAUAGCUUGGUGGUUGAGGAAGCUGUACAUUUGGCUGUCAGUUCAUGGGGUCGAAGAUCUUUAGCUGAGUUGGAAGCAGAAGAGCGGCUAUCUUAUGCUUGUGAAAAGGGUCCUGCUCAAGAUGAAGUAAUUGCCAAAUUGCGCCAUUCUUUCCUACAAAUUGCAAAAGAAUAUAAGACUUACACCGAGGAAGAAAGGAAGAAGGUUGUAGCAGCUGGGGGACUUCAUGUCAUCGGGACGGAACGCCAUGAAUCACGGAGAAUCGACAACCAGCUGCGUGGUAGAAGUGGCAGGCAGGGGGAUCCUGGAAGUUCGCGUUUCUUCCUUAGUCUGGAAGAUAAUAUCUUUCGCAUUUUUGGGGGUGAUAGAAUUCAGGGUAUGAUGAGGGCUUUUAGAGUUGAGGAUUUACCAAUUGAAUCAAAAAUGUUGACGAAAGCAUUGGACGAAGCUCAAAGAAAAGUGGAGAAUUACUUUUUUGAUAUCAGAAAGCAAUUAUUUGAGUAUGACGAGGUUCUCAACAGCCAAAGAGACCGUGUCUAUACAGAGAGAAGGAGAGCUCUACAGUCUGAAGAUCUUCAAUCUCUAUUGAUCGAAUAUUCUGAACUCACAAUGGAUGACAUAUUAGAGGCAAAUAUUGGUUCUGAUGCUCCAAAGGAAAACUGGGAUUUUGAAAAGCUUAUUGCAAAACUCCAGCAGUAUUGCUAUCUUUUGAAUGACUUGACUCCAGAUUUACUGGCAAGCCAGUGUGCGACUUAUGAAGAUUUGAGGAUUUAUCUUCGUGUUUGUGGACGCAAAGCAUAUUUACAGAAGAGGGAUAUUGUGGAGAAAGAAGCUCCAGGGUUGAUGAAGGAAGCAGAAAGGUUUCUGAUAUUGAGCAACAUAGAUAGGCUAUGGAAAGAACACUUGCAAGCACUUAAAUUUGUUCAACAAGCUGUAGGGUUACGUGGAUAUGCACAAAGAGAUCCUUUGAUCGAGUACAAGCUGGAAGGCUACAAUCUGUUUAUUGAGAUGAUGGCGCAAAUAAGAAGAAAUGUUAUAUAUUCUAUAUACCAGUUUAAACCGGUGAUGGUGAACAAGGAUCAAGGGAAAACCAGCAGCAGCAAAAUAAAGGAUAAGGAUAAUGGCUCAGUGACCCCACCACCACCAUCAUCAUCAUCAUCAUCAUCAUCAGCCUCAUCUGUCAGCGUCUGAGUAGCAGUCCAAAUGGCAUGGACCCCACCUGCAGAUAAUUGUGUAUAUUUGUGACCCUGAAGAUAAUAAGAAUUUGGCCUGCCUGUAGAGAGGAGAGGAAAGGAAGAGGAAUCAUAUACUUACUGUAAAGUUGCUUCAUAAUCAUUUCCUAUUUCCAUAAUCAUACAAAAAGAAUUGUGUAGCAGAUCGACUUCCUUGGA